UGAUGUAUCAAAGUACUUUUUUUCUUCUGAAGAUGAUUUCACCAAUAUUGAUACAUUUAUAAUAAGUGAGGUGAAGGGAAAAAACAAAACUAUUUCCUGAACAUGUAGCCUAUAGUUUGGAGUUGGAUCUUUUGCUGAACAAUAACCCAAUAUACUCCUGUGAUGUGGAAGUUAAAAUAGGUGGAUAUUCAAAUGAUAAUUUGAGAUAUCAUCUUUCUAACGUAGAUCUCUAUCUCUCACACACACACACACACACACACACACACACACACAUGCACACACGCACGCACGCACGCAUGCAUACACGGCUGAGGAUGCAACAAUGACAAGGCUUGGUAGUACUCUGUCACCCAGCCCACAUGAGAGGGACACAAGCCAACACCCUUCUCUUCAGCAAAGAAUAAGGAAGAGUGUCAUCAUUCACUCCGGACUCAAUCAAAACGAUGGAGAUUCUAUUUUUAUUGCUGGGAUUUCUCUUCUUUGUCAAAGGUUGUACUGGCCUUACUCUUCCUGGAAAGGUCGGAGGGACGGUCGUGUUUCAAUGCAACUCAUCGAAGAAGGAAAUAAAGUCUAUUUCCUUUCAAGGAGGCCCAGGUUUUAAAACCGUUAAAAUUCAAUAUUAUGCUCCGACGAAUGAGACCAAAAUCUUUCGACUAGACACCGUCUUGAACCUUGUGGAUAAAACGAUAACCUUUAAGAAUCUAACCGUCUCAGAUGAAGGGAAAUAUAAAUGCGUCAUAUUCUAUGGGGAAGCUCGUGGAAAAACUGAAGACACCAUAACAACGCUCAACAUAACUGCAACCCCCGAUGCAGUCACACUAGAUCACCACAGCCCUGAGAGCCCUGGUGACGUCUCCAAUGCCUCACUUACAUGUACUGCCAUCGCCGUCUAUCCAGUCAGCAACAUAUCAUGGAACGUUUCUGGUGUCCUUGAGCAUCAAUGGAAGAACGUCGUUAAGCAGGAUAAGAAUUCUUCGCUGUUCAACAUCUCUAGUACUGCGUUCUUCAACUGUUCAGACGGAUCAACGCGACUCAUCAGAUGCUUUUUAGGGGGCGUUUCCUCUGACGAGAAGAUUGUCUGUCAACAGCCAAAGGGUGUACCUAUCGGUACUUCACUGCUAAUAAUCGUACCAGUGGUAUUCCUGGCAGGUGUUACAGUGGUGGCACUUUGUUGUGAUUGGAAACCCAAAAGAAAUUCACCAGGACCACCGAUGCCGGAACAGGACAAUGUGCAGGACGUGGAACUACAGGUCUUCCGGCCGAGAACUGAUGAGACUCCUAUCAGACAGCAGAGUGCAGCAAUGGGUACCAUUGGGACCACGGCCGAGAAGGAGACUGAUGAGACUGAUAUAUUGUUGACCACAGGGACUUGAACUUGCUUUGUUUACUGUGUGUGUGUGUGUGUGUGUGUGUGUGUGUGUGUGUGUGUGUGUGUGUGUGUGUGUGUAUGUGUGUGGUGUUGUAGUUACAGAAUGGCACAUAGAAUAGGUGAUUAAGCAAGAAUGUCAUGUUACCAUGAGACCGGUCACUCUUUGACCGGUCGAGUGCUUCCUAGCGUUUGUAACGUUCAGACUUUGGAAUGACUUGGUAGUGUGGAAGCGCCUCCGCUUCCGCUUU